ACCACAGAGGCAGAAGGGGUGAUGAGUGAGAGGCGAGUAGUAGUGGACUUGCCCACCAGUGCCAGCUCCAGCAUGCCCCUCCAGAGGCGCAGGGCAUCCUUCAGGGGGCCACGGUCAUCAUCCUCCCUGGAGAGCCCCCCAGCCUCCAGGACCAAUGCCAUGAGUGGCCUUGUCCGAGCACCUGGGGUCUAUGUAGGAACAGCACCCAGUGGGUGCAUAGGUGGCCUGGGUGCCCGUGUGACCCGCCGGGCCCUCGGCAUCAGCAGUGUCUUCCUUCAGGGCCUGCGGAGCUCAGGCCUGGCCACCGUGCCGGCUCCAGGUUUGGAGAGGGACCAUGGUGCUGUUGAGGACCUAGGGGGCUGCCUGGUGGAAUAUAUGGCCAAAGUGCAUGCCCUUGAGCAAGUCAGUCAGGAGCUGGAAACACAACUGCGGAUGCACCUGGAGAGCAAAGCCACACGCUCGGGAAACUGGGGUGCCCUACGGGCUUCCUGGGCCAGCAGCUGCCAGCAGGUGGGUGAGGCAGUCUUGGAAAAUGCCCGGCUCAUGCUGCAGACAGAAACUAUCCAGGCCGGAGCAGAUGACUUUAAAGAGAGAUAUGAAAAUGAGCAGCCAUUUCGAAAGGCGGCAGAAGAGGAAAUUAACUCUCUGUAUAAAGUCAUUGAUGAAGCUAAUUUGACUAAAAUGGACCUGGAGAGUCAAAUAGAAAGUCUGAAAGAAGAACUUGGCUCUCUAUCAAGAAACUAUGAAGAGGAUGUGAAGCUGCUGCACAAACAGUUGGCAGGGUGUGAGCUGGAACAAAUGGAUGUUCCCAUUGGCACUGGUCUGGACGACAUCCUUGAGAUGAUCAGAAUUCAGUGGGAGAGAAAUGUUGAAAAGAACCGGGUGGAGGCAGGAGCCCUGCUCCAAGCUAAGCAACAGGCGGAGGUGGCCCACAUGUCCCAGACCCAGGAGGAGAAGCUGGCAGCUGCCCUCAGGGUGGAGUUACACAACACUUCGUGCCAAGUCCAGAGCCUCCAGGCUGAGACAGAAUCCUUACGUGCCCUGAAACGAGGCCUGGAGAACACCUUGCACGAUGCCAAGCACUGGCAUGACAUGGAGCUCCAGAACCUGGGCGCUGUGGUCGGCCGGCUGGAGGCGGAGCUCAGGGAAAUCCGCGCGGAGGCGGAGCAGCAGCAACAGGAGCGCGCGCAUCUGCUGGCCCGCAAGUGCCAGCUGCAGAAGGACGUGGCGUCCUACCACGCCCUGCUGGACAGGGAGGAGAGCGGGUAA